UCUAUAGUGAUGCCCUGCUUUCCAUUCAUCGACGUGCCCACCUGGGAGUUGCCUGCCUGGCACACGAGCUGUAGCACUUUGCUGAAAGACUCCAGGGCUGCAGAAAAGGAAGAGCAUUAAUCGCUCCCAUUGGCAUCACUCCAGAGUUGACCUCAGCUCUCACUGGUACUGACUUACAUAAACAAAUAAUUGAAUGAUGUCAUAAGGUGGUGUGACAAAUGUUUAGUUAGUAAGCAAAAGCUGAGUUGGAAGCUUGUACAUUUUUUUAUUUUUGUAUCUAAGAUUACUUAUCUCAGGUCUUUUGUAUGUAACCAAUAAUGAAUACACAAGACAGCAUUAAGUUUGAUGUAAAAUACAGCAGUCAAAAGUUACCUCUUUCAAAGAAAUUAUAAGUAGUAUUCUGGAAAAUUAUUGACAGAGUUACAGAUAAAUAAAGGCCAUAGAUACUGUUUCUUUCAGCCAUAUUACACAUUGAAAUCUGUAUAGCAACAGCUACUAUUAGAGUGGGUGUCACAUUCAGAAAUAGAUUUUCAUCUUGGAAUGAAACCCUCAUUUUGCUAAAUCCUUACAUCUUUUGGUAAUUACACACAUGCUCCGUUGCAUGGCAACUAAUGCAGCAGCUCCUUGGGCUCUAAGAACCAAUGGACUCGUGAUGGCACCAGCCAUUGACAGUGAGACAGAAGGUAAUGUAAACUCCCUGUUUGUGCUUCUCUAAGCUGCUCCACCAGAGGACUAACUGCCUUAAUUGUGUCAUAAAUAAUCACUGCAUGUAUUCAAUACUCCAAUACCAAUUCUCCUGUCCAUGUGAAACAGCCCACACUCAGAAAGAUGUAUGAGCCAAUACCCUGAUGCACUGUCAGCUCAUUUGUUGACAUCCUUCUCAGGAGCGCUAUGAGUUUCUUACUUCAUUCGUAGUAUUUAAACAGUGGAAACCUUUUUAUUCCUUAAUAAUAAAAGUAAAAUAAGCACAGAAGCCCAUCUCUACUAGUGUGAUAAAAAGAUCCUUUAAGACGUUUUGAGAACAUUUCUCAAAAUUAUAACUUAGUAUCUCAAAAAAUAACAACCUUCUAUAAUCAAAAUAUCGAUUGAUAUUUAAUGUUUUAUUUGAACUGUAAUUAAAACUACAAUUUUUAUUUUAUGUUGAAUUGUGUGCUGGCCCGAAGAAACAUUUCCCAUUUUCAUAUGUGGUCAGCUGGAAGGGAGCCAUUGCUGGGAUUUGGACUCAUGACUUCUGUACUGCAGUAUAAUUAAUAUAAAACUACCUAUUCCUUUCCAGGAAUCUGCCCAGUAUUUUUCAGUUACGUACAAGUAUCAGUUUCAUUUUCUAGAAAAUUUGAGGAAACCAUGAGUUUCUCCUGUGAGUCUGAAGCAGUUUGUUUCUUUUAGUCAGUCCUACAUAAUGUUUGACAGCUGAAUCAGGCAAACUCAUGCCAAAACAACAGACAUGCCAAGCUUAUUGGUGAACCUGUACAGUUCCUGUUUGUUGCAGAUGCGGUGACAUCCAACACCGUGAAUCAUCCCGACUCAGCCUCUGACCGGAGUGUGCCGGAGCAGCAGCUCACAGAGCCUCCCGUGCUGUGGAUGGCUGAUGUCACGCCAGUCCAUUAAAGCCGGAGCACGAGGGAAGCGUGUGUCUGUCAGGCCGUAUUACACAAGGACGACAGUGAUGGACUGCCUCUGGGCUACAGUUGGAGCCUCUUGUUCCUCCGUCCAAACCUCCAUCCGACUCCUGGAGCAACCUCAUGAUGAUCCAACCUCAACCCACCAGAGGACAGCAGGAAGAUGAGGAGGAUCAUUGCUGAAGAUCCAGACUGGUCCCUGGCUAUAGUGCCUUUUUUAUCAAACCUCUGCCUGCAAAGCAUCGUGAGAAACUUUGAGGAAAAGCCUAUAUAUGACGAACUUACACCAAUCCAGAGAGACUUCAUCGAGGAGCGACUACUUCCCUCCCUGCCUCUGCGUGUGACGGCCAACUUGAUCAGCGAUGGCGUCUACUGGAAGCGUUGCUGCGAGCAGCAGUGGGACCUCUGCGAUGUCACACAUUAUGGCCACAGCUGGAAACGAAUGUUCUUCGAGAGGCGCAUGGAGAGCAUUAUUGAGCUUUUCAUUCCAGAUGUCACAGAGCCAAAGUCAGUUCUAGAGAUGGUCCCUUACUGCAAAAACUACAUCAAGAGGCUGGAUAUCUCCCAGUUGCUACCACCCGUCAAGGACCCCCAGAAAGAGGAAGAGGAAUAUGGCUCAGAGUUGGCAAGUGAGAAUGACUAUGAUAGACCCUCUAUGGACCACUUUGACUUUGGCAUGCUGCUUAACAAGCUCACCAACCUAGAGGAGCUCCAUUUGGUGUACAGAGUCAAACAAUGUGGCAUGAACUUUGAAUGGAACAUGUUUGAGAUGACUGACCGAGAUUGUGAGUCCCUUGCCCAGGCCCUCAAGUCCUGUGAAACUUUAAAGCUUCUGAGGCUCCAUCAAAGCCACAUUGAUGACAAAAAGUGCCGUCUGCUGGUGAAAUACCUUUUGGACCACCCGUCCCUGAGGGAGCUCGACUUUUCUCACAACCUGAUCAGUGACAGAGGAGCCAGAGCUAUCGGCAAGCUGCUCGCCAGGAGUAAACUGGAGAUCCUGAACAUGUGCGACAACGAUAUCCGAGGCCCUGGGGGCAAAGCUAUAGCUCACGCCUUGUCCAAGAACUCCACUCUUUUGUCCUUAAACCUGCGUCUCAACCGUCUGAGAGAUGAGGGAGGUCAGGCCAUAGGUAAGGCCUUGUUGAACAACAACACCCUCCGUCACCUGCACCUGGGAGCCAAUGAGGUGAUGCUGCCUACUGCCAUCGCCCUGUCUAAAGCGCUGGUCCAGAAUAACACCCUGAGCAGCAUCAAUCUCUCCUGCAACAACCUGGGUGAGGAUGGAGGUAAAGCUCUGGCGGAGGCCAUGUCUCACAACACCAGCGUGACAGAAUGUGAUAUCCACCUGACUGAGGUUGAUGAGAAGAUCGUUUCCUUUAUUAACCAGGUGGUUUGGACCAACCAGAGUUUAGAACAAAAGAAACGGGCAAAAGAGAGCAAAAACAAGUAGACAUCAACAGCUCCUCUUUAUAAUACAACCCAGUCUUUAUUAGUCAAUGAUCCCUGACCUGUGUAUUCAUUCAAAAGCACUGGAUGCCAACACUGCAUCUCAAACCACUGGGUUUAGGGCUGAGCAUAGCAGACAGGUUAGAGAUGACGGAGAGUUGGUUUUGGUCUUUUCAUGGGAUUUGCUGACAGUAACAAAGAUAUAUAAUAUUGCCAGCCUUAUCCUUUUAAAACAUUGUACAUUUUUCAGACCUGUACUGGAGGCAUAAUUUUAAACAUACGUGGAAAAAACUAUACAAGCACUAAUACAGUCACUAUAUUGUCAUCUGUCUGUCACAUAUUAAGACACACAAUAUUAUUUAAGCCAGUUUGUAAAAUGUAUAGCACCACAGUAACUUUUUGAAGUAAUUUCUGACACAUAUUUUCGUGAGCAUUUCAGUUUAUUGAGGAGCUUUUUUCCAUUUUGAUACACAGAUUUGGUAUUCAGUCCUUAUGUAACAUCAAGGCAACAUUGUGGUGGUGUUGGAAUACAUACAGACUUGCGUUGUUUUAUUUUUAACUAUAUCUACUGGUUAAUAGUGUAACACCUUUUGCUAGGCAGCAACAAAAAUAAUAUAGUGUAAUUAAUGUCACAUUUUCCCAAUUUUUAGUCUUACAAAAAUCACUAGUUGAUCUGUAGAAUCAUAAGAAGGGAGGCAAAGCUAUUGUGUAAGUUCAUGGUAGACCAAUUAAAAAAAUAUGUACAUCAGUUACAUCAAUCCAAGAUUACUGAUUGUCUUUAGACCAGCAAUCACUAUCAAGAGUCACUCAACCUUCCCUUAAAAAGAUGUGUACCGUAUGUGUAUGUGUGUGCAUCCUAUCUUAAAUCUGUCAAACCAUUUUGACAACAUUUUUUGUUAAAUAAAAGUGUAUCAAAUAUAAUUUAAAAAAUGUAAAAAUGGGUUUAAAAGAAAACAAAAAUCAUUCAAACAGUCAAUUUGAAGCAGCACAAAGAUGCUAUUGGCUGCGUUGCCUGUAGCAUUUUGAAAGGGAUUGCAUUGCCAUCUGUGACUUAACAAAAAUCACCGCUUAAUAUCUGCACAUCAAAAACAUCCCUGCUCCUGUUACCUCUAAGUGUGUGUGACACAUUCAUCUAAGCACAAGAUCCAUAUCGACAGUCAGUCUAACUUCCCGUCUCUACUUACAGUACAAAGCCUUUCUGCCCUACAGUCUUGAAAAUCCACAAAAUUAUUUAAAUAUAAAAAGAUGAGCCCCAGAGCAUUCUUGAGUGAAAGAGUACAUAUUGAUAACAACCUAAUCUGCUUAAUAGACAUGAUAAAGGGCUCAGUGCUUUGUAUGACAAAAGCCUUUAUGUUAACAGUCAUCUACAGAAGAAAAAUGUCUAGUUGCAAAACGUCCAGUCAAAUUUGUAACCAUUUCCAAUAGUUUUUUUGUCACUACUGUUACGUAAACAUUGCACUGGUAAACACAUUUUUCUAUUCUGUAUGAAUAUCACAGUGAAGCCAUCAGAGAGGCUUGUUGGCUAAUCAUGAAUGAGAAUAUGUGAUGACUUCAGUAUGAAACAUUUGCUCUUUCAUCUUCACCUCCUACAAGUGGGAUAGUAACUAGACAUUUUAGUAUGUUUUAAUCCCUGGUGGAGUUUGCAUGCUCGUUUGUGGCAUCCUCUGGGUUUUACAACACAAGGACAUGCAAGUCCACUUGAUUCUGAUGCCUUCUGACCAAUGCUAGGAUAUGAUCCAGCCCUUCACGACUCAGAAUCAGAAAAAAUGGGAAGAAGGAGAAAAGAAAAGAAGAAAAAUGAAUGAAUUCACGAAUGAGUUUCAGUCCCUGCAUCUCAUUCACAUUGGCCAAAAACUGGUUGUGUAGUAUACCAUCUAUAAAACAAUUAAGGAAUAGUUUGACACAAUAGUUUGUUUUCUUACUUUCUUUGUUGGCGAGAGAAGCUAAAGCCAGCAGCCAUUUAGCUCACCUUAGCUUACCAUACACAAAUUAUAACACUAGUGAUCGACUCAUCUAACUCUCAGCAAGAAGGUGAAAAAGCUGUUCCCAAAGUGUCAAACGAUUUCUUUAAUAUAUAACUGUUAUCUAACUGACCCUGCUGCUUUAAAUUGCUUUAACCUGCUUUUAUUGUGAAGCACUUUCUAAUUUUAUUUUGAAGAGUAAGUGCUAAUAUAGAAUAUGAUCAACAUAGAGUAUGUGACCGUUAAUUGAAAUUAAACUGUAAACUGGGAAGAUUUUAAAUCAUAUUUCACAAAAAUAAAAUAUCUGUACAAAACAA